CCAGCCCCGCUGUCCGUUACAGUUAUGGAGCACAUUGGGGUUGAGUAAGAAGGAAGCCACGUUGACACAAAAAGUGGUGUUUUCAGGGUUUUUUUUCUGCCGUAGGGGAUAACGGUCACGUCGUCGACUCGCAUCUGUCAGGACAGGAACCUCAGCUGAAAGACUCAGAAAGGUCAAAGAAGCCACAUCAUCUAACAGGAUGAGCGUCGGAUUCAUUGGAGCGGGCCAGCUGGCUCACGCGUUGGUGAAAGGGUUCACAGCUGCAGGUGUGAUUGCUACACACAGGAUUACAGCCAGCUCCCCAGAUACAGACCUGCCCACUGUGUCGGGGCUGAGGAAAAUGGGGGUGAACCUAACAACUAGCAACAAAGAGGCUGUAAAUAAGAGCGAUGUGCUCUUCCUGGCGGUGAAACCCCACAUCAUACCAUUUGUCCUGGAUGAGAUCGGGCCAGACAUCGAGGACCGCCAUCUCAUUGUAUCCUGUGCGGCAGGUGUCACCAUCAACUCCAUAGAGAAGAAACUGCUUCAAUACCGCUCAGCUCCUAAAGUCAUGAGGUGCAUGACAAAUACUCCGGUGGUGGUGAAAGAGGGAGCCACGGUGUACGCCACUGGGACACACGCAGAAGUGGAGGACGGGAAGUUGCUGGAACAGCUGAUGGCCAGUGUGGGUUACUGCACUGAGGUGGAGGAGGACCUCAUCGACGCUGUCACCGGGCUGAGUGGUAGUGGACCGGCCUACGCGUUCACAGCCCUGGAUGCUCUCGCAGACGGAGGAGUGAAGAUGGGUCUGCCCAGGAGACUGGCUGUCAGACUUGGAGCUCAGGCCCUAUUGGGAGCAGCAAAGAUGCUGCUGGACUCGGAGCAGCACCCUGGCCAGCUGAAGGACAAUGUGUGCUCACCAGGGGGCGCCACCAUCCACGCCCUACACGUGCUGGAGAGCGGCGGCUUCCGAAGCCUCCUGAUUAACGCCGUAGAGGCCUCAUGCAUAAGAACGCGGGAGCUGCAGUAUCUGGCAGACCAGGAGCGCAUCUCUCCAGCGGCUAUUAAGAAAACAACCCUGGACAAGGUGCUCCAGCAGCCCGGAGUCGCCGUCAGUGGAGUGCCUAACAGCAACGGCAAAUCAGGGCUCAGCCUUUUCAACGCCCGUAGCCCUGGGAUCAAGAAGAACUGAGUACACAAAGGAAGACAUACGCAAACGCUUUACAGGUUUAAGUGUACCAACGUGUACACAUGUGGACAACAUUACAUUAUUUGGCUGAACAGCUAUAGAUGAUGUAUAAACUGGACUCAGGACUGGUCUUACAUUGCAUCCAAAUCGGCAGAAUUGCCAGAUUAUUUAUUCAUACUUGAGUUACACGCGGACCGUGGACCCGGUGGUGUCCGCACCACUUUGCACACAAGUACAGGUGUAUUCUGAGUGCAUUGCUCACAGUUAUAGCCUUAUGUUGGGGUGCAGGAUUACUAUCUACGCAUACACAAACUGAAGAGCAAAAGUGCAUUUACAAUCUGUCGUCUGUCUGUGUUCGGGCUCGAGACUAUAGAGGGCUGUUAAAUGGUAAUGACCCAGAGGGCCCUGAUGGGAGCCUGGUACACACCAGGCAGCAGAUGGCUGCUGGGAUAGCAUCACACUCUUAAUGUAAGCCUUUAAUGUCUUUUUAAAAAAAUAAUGAAGCCACAAUGUAAAUCAUCAUGUACCGUUUUUUUUGUUUGUGCAAAUAAUAUGUUUGUUUGGCCAACAGUGUUAAACUGUUAACAAAGACUCAACAAAGAUUGAACAAAACCAUUACUAACACUCUUAUUUUUAUUUAUUUUUUUUGCAUCUGAACACUAUUGUCCUCAUGGAUUAAAUACCUUCCUUGCAGUGUUACAGUGGGGUCUCUAGCACAUUAAGACAUUGUGCCUUUUUGCCCAGACUUGCAUGUAAAAUGUCAUUCCAAGCUUUAAAACACCUGUCAGCACUCUCCUCAGAUCCCUCUGGUCCCCGCUGUUCAUUUCUCUUGUUUAUUUGUUGUGCUUAAGGACAUUGUGUAACCUAAACCCCAAACCUGAACUGUUAUCUUAAGGCUCCUGUAAACACAAAAGGCAGAUUUUAUAUUUUCUCUCUAAAGGGGAAUAUGAUGUUUUAGUACCUGAAAGUGUUACGAGAAAUUCAUCUACACAGUAAAGAAUAUACUGCUAUAGAUUAUGAUGUAAAGUUUUUACAUCAGCAAUCAAUCCGUCCUACUUUUGUAUCGCUCUGUAUAUUUUUAUCCCCAUGUUUCAUGUUAUGUAUUGUUUUGUCUGCCAUAUCAACUACUUGAGUUGGUUUGUCAAAAAGCCUAUUAAAGAAGCAGAAUCAAAUA